CGAUUCUCGGCGUGCGCGGCCUGUCGUUUUGCUGUCGUCGAUGAGGAAGACGGCUGUCUAAGGAGUUUACAAAGGACGCAGCAUGGAGGGCAACGAUAGCGAAACCCUCGGUAGAAAUUGGGACGGCACUUUCCCCACACUCCCCCCCGCCUUCGACAUAAAGAGCAUCUUGGGCAGUCUUUACGAGAGUGAGGGGAAGCCGGAACAAGGUCACCGUCAAUCUAGGCAGGGCCAGGGGCCGUCACACCGUGGCCAGAGUCAGCCGGGCAAAGGUCGGGGACAAGUGAGGCCGUUCCAGGAGAUAUUGGCUCACGGGUGCAGCCAGACGGGACAAGAUGAAGGUCAGUCUGGGCAAAUCCAGGGGCCAUCGAUUGAAGGUUUGGGUAGCAAAGGGCAGCAGGGUCAGCCGGGAGAAGCCAACGGAGAGGCAAUUAAAGGACAUGAGCAGCCGGGGCAGGGGACAGAUCGCGACGGAACAAAAACAACCCAAUUGGGCCGAGCUCAGACUCGGCCAAAAGAGGGUCAACGUCAACCCGGGCCGAGCCCGGGACUGUCAGGUGACGUGCAUGUUCUGGUGGGGCAAGGCCGAGGUCUACCUCGUCAGGGCCUGAGUCAGCCAAGGCAAUCUCGCUGUCCGCCGGGCGAAGUCGAGCAGCAGUUAGGUCACACUUUGGGUCGACACGGACAAGGUCAAGUGGGUCGUGGAAGGGAUCAACGCGGACAUGGCAGCGGUGAAACUGGGCAGGCGCAGCAAGGUCAAGCUCAGAGGACACUAUUUGAAGCUCAAGCAACGACCAGUGAACAGCAUCAACCUUCGCAGAGCGCGCUGCUGCUUGAUGGGCGAAAGAUUCAAGAUCACCUGACGGAAAUGUUCAACUCUAUGCACUGUCAAUUGUUCAAGUUGAACAUUUGUAACGUCAGAGUUGACUGUGAUGUCGACAAAAAGGAGACUACGAUGAGAGUUGCCCAGGAGACGAUCGACGCUUUGCAGACCUCAACUCGAGAGAAACAGCUUGAAAAGGAACAACUCGCCGUUCAACUCAAAGACGCGACUAACAGCACACAAGAAUUAACGGCGGAAAUCACCGCCACCAGGGAAAUGUGCGACGGUCUGCAGGUCCAAUUCUCUUCGGCGCAACAAACACUAACGAAAGCUGAAGCAGAUAAGGAAGAAAUGAAAGAAUUCCGUUUGUCAGUGAAAGCAGAAGUGAAGGAAGACGGCUGUCUAAGGAGUUUACAAAGGACGCAGCAUGGAGGGCAACGGUAG